ACUAUCGAAGUCACAACAUAUCGAGAUAAAAGAAACACGCAAUCGUUCAUUUCUUAGAGCGAGAUACACUGGUACAGUUUAUUGUUAUGCCUUCGCUUUCAACAUUAUAAUAAAUGUUGUGAAUAUUAUCUUGUUGUGAAUAAAAAAAAGUGCUGUUAAAUUAUAGAUUUAAUUAAAGAAUCUAUUUUUUUUUUAUAUUUGUAUAAAAAUUAUUUGAUGUAAUGGAAAAGUGCUGUUUUAUGAGUAGGAAACAAAAAACUAUUUUUGAAUGGAAAAUAGGUGAUUUUCCUUUAAUUAUGAAACAUACCAUGGAAAAUCAUAACCCCUAUACGAUUCUCUCAUCAGAAUUUCCAACUGCUGAUUGGAAAUCCAAAUGGCAAUUAGUAUUAAAUUUUAAUAAUGGUAACAAGUCGGAAGACAAAGAGUGGAUAUCAAUAUAUCUAAACUCAAAAUCCAUUAGUUAUACCAAAAUAUUCAGAGUCAAGUAUUCGCUCUUUAUUUUUAAUGAUAAAAAAGAAAAAAAGUGUGAACAAAAGUCCUACAAGGUUUUCGAAGAAAUGGAAUAUUUUUGUGUUCAAAAGUUUCUUAAAAUAAAACAAUUAUUGGAAAAAAAGGAUAAAUUAUUACCUGAUAAUACAUUAACAAUCGGCAUUAAGCUUACUGAGUUUAUCGAAAGUUCUUGUCUUUACUCACCCAUCAUUAAAAUUCCAGUAAAAACUUCAGAUCGUCAAAUUGUCCACGAUUUGAAAGAUCUUUUUGAUAGUAAAGCAGGUAGUGAUGUUGUUCUAGUUGUGGGUGAUAAGAAAAUUCCAGCGCACAAAACUUUGCUGAUGAGCCGAAGCCCUGUAUUUUCUGCGAUGUUUACACAUCCGUUGGAAGAAAACAGAGAAAAUGAAGUUACCAUUCCUGAUAUGGAUCCUGAUGUAUGUGAGAAGCUGUUAGAAUUUAUUUAUACGGACAAUGUGACUAAUCUCGAUAAAGUUGCUGGACGUUUAUUCGAAGUGGCAGAUAAAUAUCAGAUACCGGCUCUCAAAGAGUCUUGUGAAGAAUUAUUCUGUAAGAACGUAAAUGUUAAAAAUGCCGUUCAAUAUCUCGUUUUACUUGACAGCCAUAAUGGUGAUGAACGAUUUUUCAAGUAUAUCAUUGAUUUCAUCGCAAUCAAUUUCAAGAAAAUUUUCGAAACCUCCGAAUAUAAAGCCUUGGAAAAAACUAAUCCAGAAUUAUCAUUAACUAUAGUGAAGGAAAUUCGCAGUAACAGAUGAAAAAACAGAUAACCAUCAUGGUGAUUCAAUACAGCAACAUAAACUGGGAAUUUUUUAAUAUAUAAUUAUUAUCUAUUAUUUUGAACUUGAUUUAAAUCUUAUUUCUACUUUUUUAUUAUUACUUUCAUUUUAAUAAUGCCAUUUACAAUGAUUAUAUUAAUUAUACUAAUACGUUCAUUAACAUCUGCUGGUUCAUGUUUAUAAAAGCGUAUUUAAAAAAAAAAAAAAACAUUAUUUGUAAUCUCAAUUUUUCAAUAAAUACUCAUACAUAAAACACAGAUCACAACUACAGAUAGAUUUGAAUAAAGAACAAGUUUUUUGAUAUUUUUAUUUUCGCUUAUGAUAAAUAUGAGAGAAAACAAGAACUGAACUGCGUAUGUAUUACAAAAAUAUUAAUCGAUUUUCAUACGUUAGCAUAAAUAGAUUUAAAUUUUAUUGAUUACAAAUACUCAACAAAGUAUAUAAUUUCAUCAAAUUGAUAAUUAUUUAGUCUGAUGAAUUAAUAUUAUCUAAUUUAUGACAUGUAUUUUUAGAUAAAAAAGUAAUUGGAUUCUGUGACAGUAGUUCUUUAUUUUUAAAAAACAACUGCUGAAAAUUUUGAUUUUUUAACUGAUAGCACUACUAAUUACUUUACAUGCACAUUGGAUACAAACACAUUCCGAUACCGAGAAUUGGAAAUUGAUAUCUCGUGUGUUGUUAUCCGCGACUCUAGUAUUUAAAUUACUUAUCCUGUUUUACUAAAUAUAUCAUAAUAUAAUCUAAUUUUAAAUGUUCACAUCUUAUUUUAUAAGCAAGUGUAAAUGUAGCAAACAUCAGACAAAUUUAAAAUUAUAAAUAAACAGAGUAAAUAAUUACAAAAAUUCACAUAUUAAUUUAAAAAUUUUUUAAAUGCGCAUUUUUUUUUAAUUUCA